AUGGCUCGGCGGGCGCCCCCGGCGGGGCUGCUGGCGGCGCUGCUGCUGCUGCUGCUUCCCGGCGGCGCGCUGGGCAGCGAGGAGGGCGCGGGCGAGGCCGGCAACGCCUCGGCCACCUACCAGAUCGUCACCUUCAAGUGGCACCACGUGCAGGACCCCUACAUCAUCGCCCUCUGGAUCCUGGUGGCCAGCCUGGCCAAGAUCGUUUUCCACCUGUCCCAUAAAGUCACUAGCGUGGUUCCCGAGAGUGCUCUGCUCAUCUUCCUCGGCAUCUGCCUCGGUGGCAUUGUGUACGCAGCCGACCACAUUGCUUCCUUCACCAUGACGCCAACCGUUUUUUUCUUCUACCUGCUGCCUCCCAUCGUCUUAGAUGCCGGAUACUUCAUGCCAAAUCGGCUGUUCUUUGGCAACCUGGGCACGAUCCUCCUGUAUGCUGUCAUUGGGACCAUCUGGAAUGCUGCUACAACAGGCCUGUCACUGUAUGGGGUCUACCUCAGUGGAAUAAUGGGCCCUCUUGAUAUUGGGGUGUUGGACUUCCUCUUGUUCGGCAGCCUCAUAGCUGCGGUGGAUCCUGUUGCUGUGCUGGCGGUAUUUGAGGAAGUCCAUGUCAAUGAAGUCCUCUUCAUCAUUGUUUUUGGAGAAUCACUGCUCAAUGAUGCUGUAACUGUGGUGCUCUACAAUGUCUUUGAUUCAUUCGUUGCAAUCGGAGGUGAAAAUGUGACUGGUGUGGACUGUGUCAAAGGCAUAGUGUCUUUCUUUGUGGUGAGCAUAGGAGGCACAUUAAUUGGUGUGGCCUUCGCAUUCCUGCUCUCGCUCGUCACUCGUUUCACAAAGCAUGUCAGAAUCAUCGAGCCGGGAUUUGUGUUUGUCAUCUCCUACCUCUCUUACCUGACAGCUGAGAUGCUUUCUCUUUCUGCCAUCCUUGCUAUAACUUUCUGUGGUAUCUGCUGCCAGAAAUAUGUCAAGGCGAAUAUCUCAGAGCAGUCCACCACUACUGUGAGAUACACAAUGAAGAUGCUGGCUAGUGGUGCGGAGACAAUUAUUUUCAUGUUCCUGGGAAUUUCUGCUGUUGAUCCUAAAAUCUGGACUUGGAACACGGCUUUCAUACUCUUGACAUUGGUCUUCAUCUCUGUCUACAGGGCCAUUGGUGUCGUUCUACAGACCUGGGUGCUGAACUAUUACCGCAUGGUCCCGCUGGGAAUCAUCGACCAAGUGGUGAUGUCGUACGGUGGCCUCCGUGGGGCAGUCGCUUUUGCUUUGGUGGUGCUUUUGGAUGAAAAACGAGUCAAAGAAAAAAACCUGUUUGUCAGCACAACGAUCAUUGUUGUAUUUUUUACAGUUAUAUUCCAGGGUUUGACAAUCAAGCCUUUGGUGCAGUGGUUGAAGGUGAAAAAAAGCGAGCACAGAGAACCCAAGCUAAAUGAAAAGCUCCAUGGCAGGGCCUUUGACCACAUUCUUUCGGCUAUUGAAGAUAUAUCUGGUCAAAUAGGACACCAUUACAUGAGGGACAAAUGGACCAACUUCGACAGAAAAGUCCUCAGCAAGGUCCUGAUGCGGCAGUCUGCUCAGAAAACAAGAGACCAGAUUCUUAAAGUUUUCCGCGAGCUCAACUUAAAAGAUGCCAUUAGUUACGUGGCUGAGGGAGAGCGAAGAGGUUCUCUGGCAUUCAUCCGCUCUCCAAGCAUUGACAACACAGCCAACGUGGAUUUCAGCACUAUUAAUCAAAUGAACGGAGAACCCUCUGUCUCCCAGUUACUGAGGGAUACUGCCAGUUCCGUCUGCCUUGAUAUGCAGGCAAUAGAGCAGAGAAGAAAAAGCAUCCGCGACACAGAGGACAUGUUCACGCACCAUACUCUGCAGCAGUAUCUGUACAAGCCCAGGCAAGAGCAAAAACAUAUUUACAGCCGUCAUGAAAUAGCUCCCAGUGAAGAAGAUAAGCAGAACAGGGAGAUUUUCCAGAGAACCAUGAGGAAACGCCUGGAGUCGUUCAAGAGCACCAAGCUAGGCCUCAACCACACCAAAAAGCUGAACAAGAUCCACAAGAGAGACCGAGGCCAGAAAAGAAAAAACAGUAACGUCAUACCAAAUGGAAACCUGUAUACAGAAGCCAUAAAGGAGAAAGAAACAGAGAUUUGUGAAGCUGAAGAGAAUGCUUAUGAACAUCUCCAGGCAGGGCGGGCAAUGGAUUUCCUAGCUAAUGUCACCCGGCAGAAUUUCACAGAUACAAGUGGAAUUGAUAAUCCAGUAUUUUCAGCUGACAUCGAACAAAGCGCCCCCAUGAGGUUUCCUCCUUGGCUGUCCUCCGAAGAGACGGUAGUGCCGUCCCCAAGGGCUCAAGUGCAGAUUCCGUAUUCUCCAAACAACUUCCAGCGGCUGGCCCCCUUCCGACUCAGCAGUCGAUCCAUAGAUUCCUUUUUGCAAGUUGACUGCCCUGAAGAACGGCCCCGAACCUUCCUCCCAGAGUCAGCACCCAUGUGACUUAACUUUUGGUGCUGCAGUGUCAGGAUAUUCCUCUGAUGAAAUGCUCCCCUCUUGGGAAUACGAACAAACCAAACCAGACUCUUAUUUGCCAGAGGAACGCCUCAGCUUUGUUCCAGUGUGCCUUCCGGGGCCUUGGCAAAAUGACUAUGCGCCUUUGGAGGAGGAGAGCAGUUUCACGUUCUCGGAGUAUUUGACUCCUCCUCGCUGGGAGCCACCUGACCUCCGCUGGCAGGCAACCUCGAGUACAAGUGAUCAAGCACAUUUAAAUACAAGUUACUGUACUGAAACAAGCUAUGAGCCAGUGAAUUCACUUCUGGAACAUUCCAUUCCUGAGGCCAGAGGGCAAGAGGGGCCUGUCUUUUGGAACACCCGCGAGAAGAACUGGCCACUGAACACACAACCGCACUACAGGUCUGCAGCAGCCAGACGGGUACAGAGUCGGCGCUCUUUCCACAGGCCGAAGCCAGUGCAGCGACCCAAACUUCAGAAGCUGGCCUCUCUUCCAGCCUCAUUUCACUUCCCUCCGUAUCCUUGGGAACAGGAAGAAACCCAGCUGUAACUCUU